AUGUCUCCUCCCCAUUCUGAUGCCCAAAAUGUUGAAUCGUCAUCCAAAGUGAUAGUGGUGAUGGUGCCAUUUCUGGCACAAGGUCACCUCAACCAGUUCCUCAAUUUGUCUCGCCUCGUCGUGUCUUACGACCUGCCCGUUUAUUACACCGGUUUUAGCGUCGAUAUUAGCUUGGCACGGCAGCGAGUCCAGGGCUGGGAUCCGCUCGCCUACCCGAAUCUAAAUUUCCACGGGUUUCCCACUCCUCCUUCUUAUCUCUCCGGCGCCAAUUCCGGCCAUGAAACGGAAUCCUUCUCGGACAUCGUGGCUUCGGUGGUGAAUGGGUCCAAUCAUUUGCGCGGCCCCAUCGGGGAGUUUCUCGACGACCUCUCGGCCAAAUGCGGGAGGUUAGUGGUUGUUUAUGAUUCCCUUAUGGCCACUGCCGUUCAGGAUGUGGCUUUCAUUGCCAACGCUGAGGCCUACAGCUUCCACGCUGCCUCGGCUUUCACCAACGCCACCAUCGCCUUGGAAGUCGUGGCGAAAACCUUCCGCCUCCCGUCUUUCCUUUCCAAGAUGGCCGGAGAAUUUCUUCUCCCCGCCGGGGCUCUAAUUCCCGACCACCUUCCGUCCAUGGAGAGCUGCUUCGUGCCGGAGUUCUUGAAGUUCUUGUCGGUGCAACGCUCAUCUGCAAACUUCUGCUCCGGCAAUCUUUACGACACGUGUAGACCCACGGAAGGGCCGUAUCUAGACAUCCUGGCGAAACUCUAUAGAUUGACCCGUAAAGGAAAGCUCUGGGCUAUUGGUCCCAUCAACCCGCUUUCAACUAGCUUUUUAGGUAAGUCUGCUAAAGAAAAGCAUAGAUGCCUGGAAUGGCUGGACAAACAGCCUCCAAAGUCCGUGGUUUUGGUCUCCUUCGGAACUCUGACGUCUCUCUCCGACGAACAAAUCUCAGAGCUCGCCAAAGGACUAGAACAAAGCCAGCAAAAGUUCAUCUGGGUAGUGAGAGAUGUACUCAAAGGAGAAAACGGGGUGCCGGAAGGGUACCAAGAAAGAGUAGAAGGGAGGGGCCUUAUUCUCCGAGAUUGGGCCCCGCAACUGGAAAUCUUGGAGCACCCUUCAACGGGUGCGUUCCUGACUCAUUGCGGGUGGAAUUCAUGCAUGGAGAGCGUUAGCAGGGGAGUGCCGCUAGCCACCUGGCCCAUCCACUUCGAUCAGCCCAGGAACGCCGUGCUGAUGACGGAGGUGCUGAAAAUCGGGAUCGCGGUGAAGGAUUGGACGCGUAGGAAUGAGGUCAUACCGUCGGAAACUAUCCGGAAAGCCGUCGAGAAAUUGAUUAUGUCGCCUGAAGGAGAGAAGCUGAGGACAAGGGCGGCGGCAUUGGGCAAAGAUGUGAAGCAGUCUGUAAUGGAUGGCGGCGUUUCUCGUCUGGAGAUGGCCAAUUUCAUUGCCCAUAUUACAAGACAGAAUUGUGCCUAG